AUGAGCCAUCAGCCUGACAGGGCACAGCCGGCUGGUCCCUCACAGGAUCCACCACCCGAGGGGGAGCCAGGCCUGCCUGACGCGACUCCAUCCAGCAGUUACUUGAGGAGCCUUUUCGAGUGUCCGGUAUGCUUUGAGUAUGUGUUACCCCCCAUCCUUCAGUGUCAGCGUGGUCAUCUUGUUUGUAUCAGCUGUCGCCGAAAGCUGAUUUCUUGUCCAACUUGCCGGGGCCCACUGGGGUUCAUUCGGAACUUGGCUAUGGAGAAACUGGCCAAUUCCCUUCCGUUUCCGUGUAAAUACGCCUCUUCUGGGUGUGGAACAAGUCUGCCGCCAGUGCAGAAAGCACGCCACGAAGGGCUCUGUGACUUUAGGCCUUAUUUCUGUCCGUGCCCUGGUGUUCUCUGUCCAUGGGAAGGCUCUGUGGACGCUGUGAUGCCCCAUCUGAUGGAUCAGCAUGACGAUCGCAUUACAGCCCUACAGGGAGAGACUGCCACUUUCCUUGCUAUGGACAUUAAUAACGUGCCUGGUACUCUUUACUGGGUGAUGAUGCAGUCCUGUUUUGACCUGCACUUCAUGGUGGUCUUGCAGAGACAGGAAAACCACCACGGUCAAGAGCGGUUCUGCGCAAUGGUACGGCUGCUAGGAACACCCCAGCAAGUGGAAAAUUUUACUUAUCGACUUGAGAUGAAACGUGGUCGACGACAACUGACUUGGGAAGCACCUCCUCGGUCUAUUCGGGAGAGCAUUGAGACAGCCACGAUGAGCAGUGACUGCCUUGUCUUUGACACCAACACUGCACAGCUUUUUGCAGAAAAUGGUGAUUUAAGCAUUGCUGUAACUAUUGCCGAGUGUUGA